CCGGUCGAAAUACCGCGAGAGGGCUGCACCUCGCCUGUCGUCGGCGUCUUUUCACUUGGUGUGUUCCUUGUGGAUUCUUCACAUCCACUUGCCCGUGUUCAACGUUUAAUGUGUUUCGUGAAAAACAAUGAACUGUUAAAAAUGGGGGAGGACCUCAAGACCCUGGAGGACGUGCACCGCUUGCUGGUCGACCUGAUUUCCCGCGGCUUUCCUGGCAAUGACUUGAUUCCACUCGUUGAGACAGACGUCCAGACGCACACCGUGUACCAGAACAACGAAAAGUCACUGGUGCAGAUAAUUAAAGAGUUUAAUCAGUUCCAGGAAACCAAAGCCCAGAAGUCACUGGAAACUGAAGACGAGAGGCAGAAGAAGCAGCACGAGCUCCGAAGCAUCGAGCGGUCCCUGCAGGAAAUCAAGGCACAAAAUCUGGCUUUAAACUCCGAGGUUGAAGAUUUUUACAAAGAGCUGCAGGCCCUCGAGCGGGAAGAGCAGGAGCUUCAGCAGCAACAAGAUGGCGUCAAUGAAGACACCACGGUGGUCCUGCCCUCCUCCAAGUACCUGGUGCAGAUUUACCAGAAAAUAUCGAAGAUCAAGUGGGACGUUGGCACUGAAGGCUCGGUUCAGAAAGGCAUACACUACGGAGAGAUCGCUCAGCCCAUCACGCUGGACACCUCCAAGCUGUCGGACAUCUCGACGACAGACUCUGUCUGGGACCUCAUCAGCACCGAAUGGUAGAUGAGCCCCCGCUCUGUUCAGGUUUUAUUGGGAUUUCUCUUUUCGUUUAAGUUUUAUGCUACCCUCAAAUCUAGAAAUGUUUGUGUGCAUUUUCUUUGUUGCACCCCAUUGUUCUCUUGUUGUGCACUUUAUAUCAGCCGCGUCUUCAUCUUUUUGUACUGUAGUCCUUUUGUAAUGCAAGUGUUUUAUUUGUGUUUAACGCUUUUAUUAUUUUACACUGUGCUGCCGUUUCCAUUCUG